GCAGUUCCCCGAUACUAUCAACAAGCCAAGAAUUGCAACAAAUCUAUUGACAACUAGAAGAAGAAUUAGAAGAAGAGUUAGUUUUGUUACACAACAUUUCUAUGUUAUUUUCAGUCGUUAUUAGAAAUACUAGACAAUGAUGCUUCCUCCGGCAGCAGUUUUUCAUUUCCCCUGGGAAAUAAAGUCUAACGCCAUCCGAGAAGGAGAAUCCAUCAGAACAUUUGGCCGACUUGUUUUGUAUCAGUCGGAGGAGUCUAGAGCAACACUGUCGGCUGAGCAUGCUUCAAAAGAACACCAUGUUGUUGUCAACACAUUGUUUGUGGAGCCCUUUAACCCAAUACUUGGGGCCCAGUACUUAGUUCUGGGGGAAACAGAAAAUGCUGAGGGGGUUGGAGUGAUGGUCCGUGCCCGGGUGCUGACCUGUGUUGAUGGUGUAAACAUUGCCCUUCUGCAGAAGGCCAUCAAUGAGCAAAGGAACUUCUUCCGGGAGAGGGAGUGUGGUCAGGCUCAAAAUGCACAGCCUGGAAAUACCACCUGAUCAGUUGGUAUCCACCAACUCAAGACUGUUAACAUGAGCUCCAUGAGCUUCAAGUAAAAAUCACGAGACAGCGAUGUCUCAUGAUAUGUCUGACUAUAGUUUGAACCGGGUUUUAAAUGUGUUUACAGUAGAGUCUAUAUUUGUGGUAUUGUGUUAAUUAAUAUUAUUAUUCUUAAAAUGUGUCUUUGUUCAUACAGACAUGCUGAUGACAUCGCUUUUUAUUCAUUGGCUACCUGACCAAAAGAGUUCAAAAAGGUCUUCAACAGCAUGUUUGUUGUUUCACCAUUCAGUUAUCACAAUAACAUCUGACACCAAUAAAAGGACAUUUGUGAAAAGCUUUGUUAAAUUUGUUAAGUAAAAUAUAUAAUCUGAAAAGUCUUCAAAAGAAAUUCAAAACAUUCUAGAUGGCACAAUAUUAAAAGUGAGAGAAUCAGUGUUCUUUGCCAUUAUAAUUUAAUUUUAUUGAUAUUUGUUUCUUAAUAAAGUAUCAAACAAGA